AUGUUGUCCCAGAUUUCGGCAUCAUUUAGUCACACCUCCUCUUCCCUCACCGUCGCCACCACCGCCUUCUCCUUCCGCUCAUCUUUCCGGCAGAAAAUUUAUUUUUCCCCCUUCAACCGCUGUAGUUUACGGAGGCGCCACUUAUCCACCGUCGAUUCGAUGGAGAGAACUACUCCCGCCGCGUCCGCCGUCGACUCUUUAUCGGAGGAUUUGAAGAAUCAGAGGUUGCAAUACAAUAACGGCGGCAAUAACUGUGACGUCGUUAGAAAUGGUACGGAUGUUGAUUAUCUUAGGCAGAACAGGGUUAGGUUAAAGCUGGAAGAAUUGAAGUGGGACCAUUCGUUUGUUCGUGAACUUCCCGGUGAUCCCAGGCUUGAUACGAUCCCCCGAGAGGUUUUGCAUUCCUGUUAUACAAAAGUAUCUCCAUCGGCUGAGGUUGAUAAUCCUCAACUAGUUGCAUGGUCGGAUUCCGUCGCCGAGCUACUUAAUUUGGAUCCUAAAGAAUUCGAGAGGCCUGAUUUUCCCCUGUUUUUCUCUGGGGCAUCACCCUUACCUGGAGCGAUGCCUUACGCUCAAUGCUAUGGAGGACAUCAGUUUGGGAUGUGGGCCGGACAGUUGGGUGAUGGUAGGGCAAUUACAUUGGGGGAGGUUCUUAACUCUGAGUCUCAGAGGUGGGAAUUACAGCUUAAGGGUGCUGGAAAGACACCAUACAGCCGGUUUGCUGAUGGUCUUGCCGUCUUACGUAGUAGUAUCCGGGAAUUUCUCUGCAGUGAGGCAAUACACGGUCUUGGAAUCCCAACAACACGUGCUUUGUGUUUAGUGACAACUGGAAAAUACGUUACCCGAGAUAUGUUCUACGAUGGCAACCCAAAGGAUGAGCCUGGUGCAAUUGUCUGCAGAGUUGCUCAAUCCUUUCUACGUUUUGGUUCAUACCAAAUACAUGCUUCAAGAGGGAAGGAUGAUCUUGCUAUUGUCCCCAUGUUGGCUGACUAUGCCAUCAGGCAUCAUUUCCCCCAUCUAGAGAACCUAAGCAAAAGUGAGAGUUUAUCUUUCAGCACCGGUGAAGGAGACGAUUCGAUUGUGGAUUUGACUUCUAAUAAGUAUGCAGCUUGGGCGGUAGAAGUUGCUGAGCGUACAGCCUCCUUAGUUGCAAAGUGGCAGGGUGUUGGGUUUACCCAUGGGGUGCUCAACACAGAUAACAUGAGUGUGCUGGGACUCACCAUAGAUUACGGUCCUUUCGGUUUCUUGGAUGCUUUUGAUCCCAGUUUCACUCCAAACACUACUGAUCUUCCUGGCAGAAGGUACUGCUUUGCGAAUCAACCUGAUAUUGGUUUGUGGAAUAUUGCACAAUUCUCCACGACUCUGUCAGCUGCCCAAUUGAUAAAUGACAAGGAGGCGAACUAUGCCAUGGAGAGAUAUGGAACGAAGUUCAUGGACGAGUAUCAGGCCAUUAUGACCCGAAAACUUGGUCUGCCCAAGUACAAUAAGCUGUUGAUCAGUGACCUUCUGAAGAACAUGGCUGUUGAUAAAGUCGACUAUACAAAUUUUUUUCGGUUGCUUUCUAAUGUAAAAGCUGAUCCCAACAUUCAAGAAGAUGAGCUGCUGAUCCCUCUGAAGGCUGUUCUGUUGGAUAUUGGAAAGGAGCGGAAAGAUGCAUGGACUAGCUGGGUGAAGUCAUACAUCCAAGAGCUUUUGACCAGUGGCAUUCCGGAUGAGGAGAGGAAAAUAUCAAUGAAUUCGGCAAAUCCCAAGUACAUCCUCAGGAAUUAUUUAUGCCAAAGUGCAAUUGAUGCAGCUGAGCAAGGCGAUUUUGAGGAGGUCCGCCAACUACUAAAGGUUAUGGCAAGGCCGUAUGACGAGCAGCCCGGGAUGGAGAAAUACGCCCGUUUGCCCCCGGCUUGGGCUUACCGUCCGGGCGUAUGCAUGCUUUCCUGCUCUUCUUGA